AUGGACAGACGGUUGAGUAGGGCCAAUUGGUCGACCAAAAAUAAGAAACAGGCGUUCAAGCCGACGCCGCUGACCGCGGUGAUUCCGGAAGAUGCGCCCAGCGCUUCUGGCAGUCUUCCUCCAGCCAAACAGCCGCCAAAACUAAAGAGGCCACAUAAGAUCGACAACAGCGGAGUAAACAGACGGUUUUCUGUGAAACUGAACCCGCAGGAGGCGAUCACUACACAGAGAACUAUCACCACGCAGUUUCCUCCGCUUCCGGAGAGCGCGACCGUCAAGAUUUCAGAGGCCCGGCAGCCUACUAAGGUCGACUCAGGCACGCUGCUAAGCGAUCUUUCUGCAGAAAGCUACGAUGCUGUUCCGUACGUGAAGGGGUACCUGAAAGAUGCGAACGCUACCAAGAUCGACCAGUUUGCGCGCGAUCUGGGCGAUUUAUCGUCGUCGAACGACGGCGACGUCAAACACACCAUAACACAGUCUUUCAACCAGGUUCUGACCGUUUCGCGAACCGUCACGGAGACAGAAGAGGUUUUGAAGGAACUGAAGGAGCCGGUGUUGAAACUGAACGAGAUUCUGACCGCCCAGGCCGAGGAGGCGCAGGAGAAACUGGAGAAUAACGGCAAAGCCAAUAAUCGACGGAGUGUGCUUUUGCUCGAGAAGAAAUGGGCCUCGAACCUGAACACGCUGUUCAAAGAGGUCGAGGGUGCUCAGAAGUACGUUUCUGCGAUUCCCGGCCGUCAUGUGGUGGCGGAGUCCAAAAGAUGGGGGGAAUUGAAUGCCAUCACCUGUAAGCCUAUUAGACCCGCACAUUUGAUUGUUCUGAACGACCAUUUGCUUGUUGCCACGCGCAGACGGAGUGGCGAGCGCAAAAAGACUGUUGCCACGCAAUGCUGGCCGCUGCGCGACUUGGUUUUCGGGAAGGCCCCCAACGCGGGAGAGCAUACGUUAUCCAUCAAAGUUAACAGCAUGGUUUUCCUUUUCCAGACAGACAGCGUGAGCGAGUACAACAAGAUCGUGUUGCAUUUAAGAGAGGCCAAAGACGAUCUUGCCAGCACGUUGGAGCUGGAAAGAGCCAAACAGAAGGAUCUCACAGACAGUGUUAGCAGAUUGUCUGUGUCGAGUGACAGAUUAAGCAAGAACUCGGACUAUUUGCACGAUCUCACCACGAAACUGAGCCAUCGCCGUUCCAGAUCGCUUGAUAUCUCCGACAAGACCUCCACACAGAACCUCGACACAGUUGACGAAGGACUCAUGAGCAUCGAAUUAUACAUAGGACACCACAAGUACACCGAGGCUGUUGGCAUCCUGAACCGGGUGAGCGACCAAAUCGAGCGGUUGCAAAACCAAAGUCCCGACGACCAGCUGGUUCUGAUUCUCAAGCUCAAGAAAUUGAAAUGGGAAAACCUCCAAGAGAAGCUCAUCAAUCUGUUGUCUUGGGAAAUAAGCAAUCCAUUGAAUUCAAGCAGAGAUAUCCAAGAAUCUGUUGAGCUGUUCCAGUUGCUCCAAAUGGAGGAGAAGGCAAGAGACCUUGUUCUGGAAUCCAAAUCUAAACAGCUGGACAAACUGGUGAGUCAGCUCAAGUUUGAAGGAGACCUGAAGAAAUACAUUUUACAAAUGUCGUUGAUCUACUUCACCUUCAUCAAAAACACAUAUCUACUGUACGAGCAAUGUUUCCGUGAAACAGGACAAAAAAUCAUCUUUGUUGGCUGGAUAAAUGAAAAGAUAGCCUCAUACAACAAACUGUUCAAACGUCAAUUGAUGGAUUAUAGCGAAAAGUCGGAACUGUACAGAAAAUGUGUGAAAAUAAGCCAUACCCAAUCAUUAAACCUGCGCAAAAUAGGUAUCAAUGUGGAUCAUAUUCUGAUUAAUUAA